UCUUUUUUUUCUGUUCUUUUUCUUCUAACAGUUUUUUUUUUUUUUUGGGUGGGGGGGAAUAGAGUGGAUGCUAUGGCUUGGCCGUGCAUCAGCAGAGUGUGCUGCCUGGCUCGCUUCUGGAAUCAGUUGGAUAAAUCGGACCUCUCUGUCCCACUCACCAUCCAGAACUACUCUGACAUUUCGGAGCACGAGGUCCGCUCCGUCACCAAGCAGAUCUCCGACUUCGACAGUACUUACACCCCCCAGGAGCCGCGUGUGAAAGGGUCCCCUCAGGAGCCCGCAAGUUCUACCCGAGGACCCUCCCGGGCACGGAAGGAGCCCAGCUACAAGCCCAGGGAGGACUACCACCCGCCCGGGGUGCCGUUCCCCAGUGUCACCCAGUAUAAGCAGGAUUUCAAACCCUGGCCCAUUCCCAGGAAGGAUAAUUUCCCCUGGAUCAGUAACGGGGGCAACAGAGGGGAUGGUGCUUCUGACGGCACCGUAAACAGUAACCAGGGCCACGUGCAGGUGGGGGACAGGAGAGGGGACAGGCUGGAGCAGCAGGUGAUGGAGGAGAGCAAAACCAGCUCCUACAGGUAUGUGCUUUCAGUAGUUUCAGCACCGGGCGCUGUCCACCCCAUCACUGUCCCAGCGAGGAAAGCUGUCUGCUGAUGACUGCU